CAUUAAAAAAAAAACCAUACACCAACAUUCACAUUCACACUCACACAACUUUCCAAUCCAAAAAACAUGGAACAACCUGAUGAAUACGGUGUCCGGGUCUACACCCCCUCCCCACAGCCCAACUUCACCCGGGUCCCAACCCCGCCCCCACCGCCCCCGCUAGACCCCUCCGCCCCUAGCGGUGCUGCCCGAAGAAGGCGCGCGAUGGCCAACGGCUUCCAAAAAACACUCUCAAAAACCUCAAUGCUAGUAAACUUCCUCCCGAGCGGCACACUUCUAACGUUCGAGAUGGUCCUUCCCUCGGUCUAUGGCAAAGGCGAAUGCACCGGGGUCACAACCCUCAUGAUCAAUGUCCUACUAAUGAUUUGCACAAUGUCUUGUUUUUUCUUCCAUUUUACGGAUAGUUUUCGUGGGGCGGAUGGAAAGAUUUAUUACGGGUUUGCCACCCCGUGGGGCCUAAAAGUGUUUAAGACGGCCCCACCGGGUGUUGAAGUGCCGAAAGACGAGAGGUUUAAACUUGGGUUCUCGGACUUUGUGCACGCGAUGAUGUCGUCGAUGGUUUUUCUAGCGAUUGCGUUUUCGGACCAUCGGGUUACGAAUUGUUUGUUUCCUAGGCACACGGAGGAGAUGGAUGAAGUUAUGCAAAGUUUUCCGUUGAUGGUUGGGAUUGUGUGUAGUGGUUUGUUUUUAGUGUUUCCGAAUACCCGAUACGGGAUUGGAUGUUUGUCGGCUUGAUUUGUUUUCAUCGUUUGUUGUUGUUUAUGUGUUGUAGUUUGAUCAUGAAUGUAACAGCUUUUAAUGUAAUGUUCAAACGCUAGUUCUGAUGUUUAAAAGUUA